AUGGCAGACUAUGAAAAGAUCGCCAUGGCGGCGAUGGAAGAAUUAGACGGCCACAUGUGCUGGCCCGUGGAGUGGUUCAAAGAGGAGCUGCCAGUGGAAACCAAAGAUGGCUCGGCCAUGGAUGUCGUGGUUGAAAAAAUCAUCAACCAGUCCAACAAGAUUCCGAAGCUGAUGGACCCGUACGUGAAGGGGCAAGUGCAGGAGCCCCUGGAGAUCCCGAAGCCGGACACGCCAGCCAAGCUGAACAUCCUCGCCUUCUCCGACCACUCCGGCUACUGCAAGAACUUCUUUGCAAAUGCACCCGAGGGACGGAUAAGCAUGAAGAAGGUGGUGGAGAACUACCACUCCCUCACCCAGGAGGAUGUCAAGAAGCUCGUCAACGAGCCCAAGAAGGGCUGGGACAUGGUGGUCUUCACGGCGGGCUGCGACCCACCGAGGAGCAACAGUGUCCCAGAUGUCAUCGAGCAGAACACCGUGAUCUCCAGACUCUACUUCUGGCUCUCCUAUGAGCUGCAGAGAGCUGAGACCAACACCAGGAUCUUCUGUCUCGUGCGUGGGCUCUUCCACGAAGACAAGAAGACUCACAUGAAGGCUGGUCUGGGCCUCUGCGUCUCGGGCACCUUGUUCGGCAUGUGCAACACCCUUCGCCAGGAGCUGGAGUAUUGCGACAUCCACUUUUGCGACACUGAGUACUUCCUCCCGGACGACAGCGAUGUUUGGGCCCGGGUGGCUGCCGAAGCCUUCCGGGACACAACUUUUGGAACGGUGGAUGUCCGGAUCCUCUCCUCCGGCCGGUACGUGCAGAGACGUGUGUCCUCCAAGGUCUACCAGGCAGCGAACAAGGCAUUCCCCAUGCCCAGCGACGGCAUCAUCGCCAUCUCUGGAGGAAACGGCGCUCUCGGACUUGUGAUGGGCAACUGGCUGCUGGACAAGGCUGCAGAACAGGGAGUCGGUGGCUUUGAGAUCAAGUUCCUGUCUCGAUCGAUGAAGAUCUCUGAUUUGAACAUGCCGCUGUGGAAAGACAUUGAGGCCAAAGCUGCGAAGCUGGGCAUCACUGUCGGGCAAGGCAAGAUGGACAUGUCCUCGCAAGAGGGCUGUAACAGUUUCAUCGCGUCCUGCAACGGCAUGCUGAAGGGCUUCAUCCACUCCGCAGGCGUUCUGCAAGACUCCAUGCUCAUGAACCUGACGUGGGAGAAGUUCGAGACCGUCUACCAGUCCAAGCACCACGCAGCUUUGUUCCUGCACCAGGCGAUCGAGCUCAAUCCGCAGAAGGAUCUGCGAUUCCUAUGGAACUUCUCCUCCAC